AUGGGAGGACAAACAUUAGCCUUUUUAGCCCCCUAUGACUAUUAUGCUAAUAAAUCCGUCCAGUAUGUUUCAUUUAGCAAAGUAAGUGGUAAUAAAGGCAAGCCUGAGGAAAUUCCCCUGCCCUCGGUCUAUAAUCAGCAUCCCCAUUUAAUCCAUGAAAGUGUGGUUCAAGUUUUCUUUUUAAAUAAAUUAGUUCACACAGGCUUUUUAAAUCAGUUUUGGUUAGAGGAAAAAGGAGGCACCAAUCCAGAUGGCAAUAGCACGGGUAAAUAUCUCGUGCUGAAAUUUCUCAAUCAAGUUCGGGCUAAUCCGUCAGGUGGUUUUAAAGACAUUUUGGGAUUAAACGAAGAGGUUCCCAAAGAGCAACCCGAAAAUGAAGAAAGCACGAGAAGAAAAUAUAAAAAUCCGUCCAAGGGAGGAAAUAAAAAUAAGCCGUUAAUUACUCCUGAUUUACUAUAUGCUAAUACAGUCGAUUUAAAAUAUGACUUUUUGGAAUUUGCUAAUCGUUAUUGUAGUCCUGCCCUAGUUUUUCGUUUUCAGUAUUCUAAUGACUUAUUAAAUAAUUUGGCUAAUUGUAAUAAUAAAAGCCAUGAAUUAAGUUUAGAUUUAAAAUUUAAUAGUUUAGGAGUAUUGAUUAACAAGCCUGGUUCUUAUCAGGGAAAUUUGAGGUUAAGGAAUGAUACCACAGAUGGUUUUAUUAGUGGGGUUUUUCAAAAAGAAGUAUUUUUUUACGAAGAUAUUCAAAAAGAUUUAACCAAUCCUCAAUUAAAAUUAGUAGCCCCCGUUAAUCAUGCUGUUUAUCCAAUUUCAGAUGCUUCCAUUUCUGUGGGAGAUGAAAAAAUGGAAA